AUGUCCGAGCCAGACGCGAGCGUGCUCAACGUCGACCCGGGGCGGUUUACGGGCGAGGGAGCAGACCUGUCCCUCCUCUCAUGGCUGCGCGGCGCGGACCAGGCGCUCGACACGCUUGCCCCGGACGCCAUCCUCCCGCACGUCGACGCAAUCCACAAACUCGUCAUCCGCCUGUUGGUCCCCGGACCCGUCAGUCCGGCCACAGCUCUGCCCAAACCUGGUCGCCCCGUUCGUCAUCUUGUUGCCCGUGUUAUUGUCAAGCUCCACGGCCGUGUCGAGAGCCGCGCGCUCUUUGACCUCAUCCAGGCGCUGCUCAAGGGCGUCGAUGGAGGCGACAAGCGCAUGUCACCGCUGGAGAAUGUCCAACGCGUCGCGAGCUGGUACACUGUCGGAGAAGUCAUCAAGGAGCAUGGCUCUAACAUGAUGUCGUUCAUGGCCGAGAUCUGUACGCUGUCCGUCAAGGUGCUGCGUAACUCGAACAUGUCGGUCAUCCUGCGCACACACGCGGUGAAUGCCUUUGCCAAGUCGCUCAUCUCUGCUGGCCGCGCACUGCCCGACGCGCUCGUCAAGGACUUGCUCAAGCACCUCCGCUCCGGCCUCGGUGACAAGGCACUGCCUAUCCAGCGUUCAUGUGCCGAGACGUUUAUCAACCUGCACAUGUACAGCCCCGUGCUGGCGCUGCAGCCCACUCUGGACUCUGUCUCACCGCUCGUCCUCAAGAGCCUCGAGACUGCCGACUAUCUCACGCGCCGCUCCCUGUCCCGUCUUCUUGCACACCUCCUUGCUGCGACUCAGGUGCCCGGCUCUGGUGUCGUUGCUCCUGACCCCAAGAAGCAGCCGCCCAGAAAGGACAAGGACAAGGAGGUCGAGGAGGACGCCGACCCGCAGAUUAUCACCAGCGCACCAGAGGACAAGGCCAAGGCGCUGUUCACCACUGAACAGAUGCUCAAGCACAUUUCCCUCCCUUACAAUCGCAUUCAGACACCGCGCAAGCUUCGCAACGCACUCUUUGACGUGUACGCCACGUUGUUCACUCAACUUGGUUCCGAAUAUGUCGAGGCACACUAUGCCGAGAUUGUGCAGCACAUUGUCACGGACAUUGUCAACUCGCCCCGCUCCACUGUCAACCGCCACGAAGUGGUCGCGACGCGCGACUCGGUUGGUAUCCUCCUCCGCGACCUCAUUGGCGUGAGGAUACUCACCGAGGGUGGCCAGGUCGCCGCCAUCCGUGAGUGGGCCAACAGCUUCCUCCGUAAAUGGAACCCCACACCGCUCAAGGGCGAAAGGAACCCGACCAAGCACUCUAUCAUCAUUGCCCUCCGCGAGGUUGCUGGUCUCCUGGGUCAGCUGGGCAACGCACCGCCAUCGGUCCACGAGCUUCUUGCCGAGCCCCUUGUCCGCCUUUUGUCCCACGAAUCGUACUCGGUGCGCCUGGCUGCGUCUUACACUCUCCGCCGCUUCACCUCUACGAACCCCGGACAGCUCCCUCGUCUGCUUGGCGGCCUGCUGGCCGACGUGAACAAGGAUCUCCAGCUGCUCAUUACCCCAACUGCACCCAAGGAUCUACCUACUCGUAUUAUUGGUCGCGCGUUUGCCCUUUCGGCCCUCGUUGCCGUGUCUCCAACCCGUCCCCUGUAUGUCUCCAACGACAUUCCCUCCAAGGUGUUUGACCUCGCCGUGUCUCUUCUCAAGCGCGCAGGCGAGCACGACAUCGCCCCUGCCACGAUCGAGGUGCAGGUUGCGUGGUACCUGAUCGCGGCGCUCAUGUCUCUUGGUCCCGGGUUUGUCAAGCUCCACCUCCCCCAGCUUCUUGUCCUGUGGCGCAACGCUCUCCCCAAACCGUCGAGCAAGGACACUGUCGUCGGCGACCGCGGCGAGCCCGAGUGGAACUUUUUGCUUGUCGUUCGCGAGUGUGCUCUGGGUGCGAUCCACAACUUCCUCAAGCACAACCAGGCGCUUGUCAACAUUGACGUUGCGCGCCGUCUCGCGACACUGUUCACCAACACGCUCAACUUUGUCAACGGCUUUGCUACCGCCUACGCAGAGUUGCUGAGGGAACAGUCCGCCAACCCGCAGGGCACGUCUCCCAUUUCGACUAUGCGUCCCUCGCUCGUCGACCGCGAGGCCAACCUCCGUCGCCGUGUUCUCCAGUGUUUUACCGACUUGGGUCCCAGCUCGGCCACCGAGUCGAUGCAGCCGGCGCUCCUCCAGGCUGCUGUGACGGUGUUUGCCGACCCUGAGAACUACUCUGGUUCGGCCGCACAGGCUGCGAUCCAGGCCCAGGCUGGCCAGUUUACCACCGUGUGGCAGUCUACGGACGGGUACGCGUUUGGCGUCACGUCCUUGCUCGCUGCGCGCGAGCGUGAGCGCGGCGCGACCGACGAGGACGUCUUCCUCAACCGUGACAAGAUUGAGAUGGCCAUCGAGAGCCAGCUGUCAUGCCCAAUCCUCGGCUCGAUCGAGUACGACUAUGUCGAGCUGUUCGCUGCCGCGCCACUUGUCGACCUGCCCAAGCCCGUGCCAUCGCAGACUGGUGUGAUUGACGCUGGUGUCGAGCUCUUUGCCGCGCUGUUUGCGCACCAGACUCUCGAGGGCCAGGUGCAGAGUCUCGCCACCCUCAGCUCCCACGUCCGCAGCUCCAAGCUCGAGCGCAACCCGGGACGUCGCCAGGCUGUCGUUGCCAACACCAUGGAGGCGCUCCGCCGCUCCCUGUUCCUCGCCGAAGGUGCUGGCAUAAAGGCGCGCCGUAACCUCGGCUCGCCACAGGUUUCGGACCAGAUCAAGUCGCUGCUCCAGGACGCUGUCCUUGACCCUCAGCCCAGCAUUCGUGGCGCAGCUGCCCAGGCCAUAGGCCAAAUCUCUGCUCUGGCCGGCACUGCCUACCUCUCAUCGCAGGUGCAGUGGCUUGUCGACCAGGUCGUCAAUAACCGCGUCCCCGAGAGCCGUGCAGGCUGCGCGGUUGCGUUUGGUGCCAUUUACAGCAGCGUCGGAGGCCUCUCUGGCGGUCCCAUCCUCAAGACGAUUGUCAACAUUCUCAUGUCGCUUGCGACCGACCCGCACCCCGUUGUUCACUACUGGGCCCUGGCGUCGCUCACGCAGAUUGUCAAUGCUGCCAACCUGUCGUACUCGCCCUACGUCCAGACCACCCUUGGCAUGAUCGCAAACAUUUACAUGCUGGAGACUCACGAGCCUGACGGCGGCUCGCUGGGCUCGGUCAACCUCCGCGGCGACCUUCCAGCGUACCAGGUCAUUUGCCAACUGCUCCAUGCGCUCAUUGGCGUGCUCGGCCCCGAGCUCCAGGAGCCCGGCAAGGUGCGCUCGCUCGUCUUCCUCCUGGUCCACGAGUUCCGCGAGGAGACGGACGAAGGUCUCGCCGUUGAGGCCAUCAAGUGUAUCCAGCAGUUCCUCAUGUUUGCCCCCUCGGAGAUUGAUGUCCCCAAGCUCAUCUCCAGCUUCCGCACGUAUCUCGCCAGUGCGCGCCGCCCACUCAAGGUCGCGGCCAUUACGGCGCUCUACCAGAUCGUCCAGCGUGAUGCCGUCACAAUGUCCAAGGUUGGAGGCGACCAGCUUGUGCAGGAGCUCUUUGGCCUGCUCGAUGGCGACCCGACCAUUGAGGGCGUCAAGGCCGUCAUCACCUCGUGGCUCCUGCAGACUGCCGCCGCCCUCCCUUCGGGAUGGAUCGAUCUGUGUCAGCGUAUCAUGACGCGUACCGCCGCCCAGGCCCGCGCUGCGCCCAAGGCCAAGUCGGCCAUCCCCAUGUUCCUCGAUGACGAGGUCGAGUCGCUUGGCACCGACAUGUCGAGCUCUGGCGCCCUCCAGUCCCGCUGGCGCACGCAGCUCUUCGCCCUGCAGUGCCUGCACAACAUUGUCGUCGCCGCCGCUGACGGCGGCCGUCCCGAGCACUUUGACCCCGUGCUCGCCCGCCGCCUCGGCGUCAACUCGAAGCACAUGCUCUUCUCGCGUGUCGGGGACCUUAUCCGCAUGGCAUUCUCGGCGUCGGCCGCGCUCGUCGAGGAUGUCCGUCUCCAGGGCCUGCUGGUCCUCCGUGAUGUCGUGGAGAAGUUUGCCGCGUCCCCUGACCCGGACUUUGACGGCGCGCUUCUGCUCGAGCAGCACCAGGCUCCCAUCGCCGCCGCCCUGACUCCCUCGUUUGGCUCGGACGCGACCCCGCAAGUGCUCGCCUCGGCGGUGCAGGUGUGUGCCGUGUUUGUGGGCUCGGGUGUUGUCAAGGAGGUCUCGCGCAUGGGCCGUAUCCUCAAGCUCCUCACAUCGGCGCUGGAACAGUGCAAGUCUGGCGAGCUUCUCCAGCUCGGUGACGUGCAGGAGCUGAGCUCGUCUGCGAGUGUCAUGCUCAAAAUCUCCAUCCUGGCAGCGUGGGCCGAACUCCAAGUCUCGUCUACGCGCCAGAGCUACCUCGUCCAAGUCAUCAAGCCGUACCGCUACCUCCUGGGCCCCUUCUGGGUCGGCGCGCUGCGCGACUAUGCUCAGCUGCGCACCGACCCCGAGAUGGGCGCGGCCGCCGGAAUGGACUAUAGCUCUGGCCUGGGCCGCGACGUCUUGCUGCCGUACUACGAGGCCGCGGUCCCCAAGCUGCUGCAUGCCGUGGCGAUUGGUCUUGCCGCCAACGACCCCUUCAUCGUCGGCGCCGUCGACGGCGCGACCUUCCAGUCGGCCGCCGAGCCUGCACCGCCCGCACCUGGCAUCCGCGCCGAGCCCAGCACAAACUUUUACAUCCUGUACGGCCUGGCGUUCGAGUGCCUCACGCGGGCACUGGGCACCGACCCGCAGCUCGCCCUCGUGUCGCUGCAGGCCAUGGGCUCGCUCAUCCGCCCGUCGCUCGCGGGCUCGCGCGUGUUUGAAGGCGCCUUCUUUGACGAGCUCUGCACCGUCUGCUACCGUAUCGCCAUGAGCGAAGGAGCGGCCGUCAAGGGCGAAAUGGUCGAGCUGGUCGCGGCGUUUGCGGUCAGCAGGAAGGGUACGGACGGUCUCGACAGUGCCCAGAUUCGCAGGACGCUCGCGAUCGUUGCGUUCGUCCUCCGCCAGACUAUCCCCAGCAGGGACGUGGGAUCCAACUUCUCACAUGCCGACGCCGCGGGCGACCGUGUCGUCUUCCUCAAGGCGGCGUUCUCAGCCUACUCUCGCAUCGUGGACGUGAUCGAGCUGGGCCAGCGCGCCGAUCUGUGUGCGGUUGCCGUGCACCUUUUCUCAGACCUGUUGCACGAUGAAACGCCCAACAUGGACCUUGCAGGCGCCUGCUUGCCGUCUCUCAAGCUGAUUCUGGACCAGACGCUCGCGUCGCAGGUACCAGCCAUCACGGCCACGAGUGACCGCGUCUUGCACGGUCUGCUCGGCGCGUGUCUGAGCAAUGUGGAUGAUAUGCGCGCUCGUGUCAACCCCGUUGCCAGCAUCAAGAUCAAGAACAACCUGCUCGCGCUCGUGCUCAUCCUCACGGCCCUCCCGGCGUCAGUGCGCGUGUCCAAGCCGGUUAUCGAGCAGGCUGCUGCCGACAUUGGCCGCUACAUGGCUACUGGCAGCGACCGGCCCGAGCUCGGCCUCACGCCGAUUCACUGCGCCACGACGCUGCUUCUGGCGUCCCUGCGCCAGUUGCCGGGGACCCCGCCGCGCCCCUCGCCGGUCCUGCAGCACGCGGCCAUGUGUGUCCUGACACCCAUGAUCGCGCACAUUGCCGACACGGUGGUGGCCGCGGCGUCGGCGCCGGACGGCACCGACGUCCCGCUCGACGGCGCGCGCGAGAUUGUGCGCGGCCUCGCGGCGUGGUGCAAUGGCCUGCCCGAGGCUGUCCGGCCACGGGGAUACGGUAUCCUCGUCCCGACGCUGUGUAUCAUGCUCGACCCGGCAACCACCACAGGGGCGGCGCCUGCAGCCCCGAGCCAGCUGCACAACCUCGCGACCAACACGCUCCUCCAGCUGGCGGCGGCCAGUCCCAAGGCCUUCAAGGACGCGACGCAGGCCAUGCCCGAGGGCGAGCGCAGCGGGCUGGAGCGCGCAGUGCGCGAGGCCGUGGGCGGCGGCGGCGGCGUCGCGGCCUCCAAGGGCGCGACGCAGGCUGCAGCGCAUGCCGCGCCCGGUAUCGAGCUGCGUAGCUUUGGCGCCUAG